CCACGGCCACUUGUCAGCCUACCCUGAAGCCUCGCCUCGACGGGUCGCACUCUCCGGUCUCCGCCUCCGCUGCGUCAAAACAUCAAACGGCUUGCGCGCGCAACCCACCAGUCCAGUGAUCCACCGCAACCGACGCCGCCGCCGUCGCCCGAAUGUCCGUCGCUGCCGGCGUCGCCCUCGCCGUGGCCGACGCCGUGUGGGCGCAGAUCAAGGCCGCGGGACACGCCACCGACGAGCACCUGUCCAUCCUCGACCACCUGUUCGGCAAGAACAUGCUGCGCGCCUGCAAGAUCCUCGACGAGGGCGGCGUCCGCCGCGUCACCGGCGCGCCCAGCGGCCGCUCGCUCUUCCUGGUGAUGGGGGAGUCCAAGAGGAAGGAGGAGUACAUCUGCUUCCCGGAGCACCUCUGCACCUGCUACUCCUUCUUCUAUGACAUCGUCGGCCGCGGUGAGCAGCUCUGCUGUAAGCACCAGUUGGCAGCGCGGCUCGCAGAAGCUGUCGGCAAACACCAGGAGAUGGAGGUGACUGAUGAGGAGCUCGCUCACAUGCUUGCUAACCUCUGACUGCUUGAAUAUUUAAGUAAUGCACAAUACAUUUAUGAAUGACUGUCUUUUUGGGGGUUGUCUCACCUCUGCCGUUCUAAAAGACUGAAUUUAACUUAAUGAAGUGUUCUGAUCAUCUUGGUAAGGUCUUUCUGAGUGCUAUAUAGGCUUGGCAAUCCUUUCGCUGCAAUGUUAUGCCACAUUGAUUGUGUGUAUAGAGAUAGGAAAAGGGUGUCCAAGAAGCUGUGGUAAAAUCUGCAGGGUUAGAAUAUUAUCACCUUAUCUCUUUUCAAGAAACCAGUAUCACCUUCUUUUUCAUUGUAUCAGUCUAUCAGAUUACAAGAAUGAGGAGACAUGUAUGAGACCGUGAAAUCAUUGAGUUAUGCGAACUGAUCAAUGAAUUGAGAUGAUUAAUUUUUCUUUCA